ACCACCCCCUAUUGCUCGAUGUCCCCAUGACUGUUAGGUUGCCUUCAACUUGGUGUCUUCUGUGUAUUUUCUUGUCUCCAUCUUUCAUCUAACUUUCAACGAAGUGCAAAUCCCACCCUCUUGCAUGCACAAAAGCACACCUGAGCAUUCUUCGAUACGGUCUCUCUUAACCACGAAAACGACAUCAAUAGCACCGCACCCACCAGCCCCCUUUCCUUACCUGCAGCAGCUUAGUAAAGCAUGUCGGCGCUGGAAUUUCAGAUGGGAAAUAAGCUUGGAGGGAGCUUAAUACUCUACUGCCUACCACUAUCGGUUGUGAUAGCUGCUCAAUACAGGUAGAUUCAAAACCAGCAAUGACAAGGUGUGCUAGGUGUUGCUUGCACAGCUCAAUCAGGAUAGUUAACCUGGUAAUGCUCUUGUGCGGGAUUGGAACGAUCAUAUACUCCCUUUGGCUUCAAAAGAAAUGGGAUGAAAGUAUUGCCAAGUUCCCUCUAAGGCCAUCUCCUCUAAUACCGUGGUUUAUAUACACAUUUUUAGGAGCGGGGAUUAUUGUCUGCUUAAGCACCAUCGGUGGUUAUAUUAUAGCUAAUUGCAUCAGCAAUUCUACCCUUUGCUUCUAUAUUGUUGCCAUCUGCUGCCUUCUUUUCCUUGAAGUUGCCGUCAUCGUUGCAAUUUUCUUCAAGAUAGACUGGGGAAAGCAAAUCACUACAUAUACUGGCCAGAAAAACACAGACUUUGAGAUUCUUAUGUCGUUCCACGUAAAGAUAAGCCGCGCAAUCAUGCUCUUGAUUAUGGUAGCUCAGAUCAGUGUUGUUAUACUUGCUGCCGUUCUUUUGGCAGUAGGUACAGAGCCGAGAACUCACUUUCAAGAGGUGGAUACCCCGGUUUUUAGUCAAUCCUUUUUAGUGCCAGCAGAGUCUCCAGGAUCUGCAGAGGACUCUAGACAAGCUUGCAGAAGAUGUGGGACUGUUUUAUCUCUACGAGGAGAAAAUGCACCGAGAGGCUUUUUUUCACGUAUUAAGAGACUACUAAGAAGGAGAUUCCAGAGAACAAAUACAGUUUAUUAAUUUCCUCUAGCCCUCUUUCAGUUGAGCACAACAAAUGUUUUUGCAAGUAGUACUGUACAUAAGUAAAUUGUAAUAAUGUGUAAGAUAAAAUAUAUGUUGGGAGAAAUUUUGAACGUUUAAGGAAAGCCUUGCAAGAAAUAUUGCAUCAACUUCUAAA